CCAACGUUCAACUCACGAGGAAACAGCAUUAGAUUUUAGCUGUUUCUCCUUCUUCGCUAAAACCCUUGUGGACUCUCCCACUCCCCUCCCCUUCUUCCUAAACCCGACACCACCAUUCUCUCUCCCUCGCGCCUCAUAAUGCAAGCCACUCUCCUCCUCACUCCAACUCCAGGCGCCACCGUCUUCAAAUCCCUAUUCCCGCCAUCUAAUGGGCCCCACCACCUCAGACCCCAAUUCUCCAUCAGAGCCUCCAUUUCCGAGACUGCCCAAUCUCCACCGUCCAUCACCGUGGACUCACCACCGCUGACCCAGAAGCUCAACAAGUUCAGCUCCCGCAUCACGGAGCCCAAGUCCCAAGGUGGGUCCCAGGCCAUUCUCCACGGAGUGGGGCUCUCCGAGGACGACUUGAGCAAGCCCCAGAUCGGCAUUUCCUCUGUGUGGUAUGAGGGGAACACUUGCAAUAUGCACUUGUUGGGGCUGUCAGAGGCUGUGAAAGAAGGAGUGAGAGAGGCUGGCAUGGUGGGCUUCAGGUUUAACACUGUUGGGGUCAGCGAUGCUAUCUCUAUGGGGACUAGAGGGAUGUGCUACAGCUUGCAAUCUAGGGACUUGAUUGCUGAUAGCAUUGAGACUGUUAUGGGUGCUCAGUGGUAUGAUGGCAAUAUCUCCAUCCCCGGUUGUGACAAAAAUAUGCCAGGUACAAUUAUGGCAAUGGGGCGGCUCAACCGACCAAGUAUUAUGAUUUAUGGCGGAACUAUUAAGCCUGGACACUUCCAAGGCAAUAGUUAUGAUAUAGUGUCUGCAUUUCAGUGUUAUGGAGAAUAUGUAAGUGGGUCCAUAAGCGACGAGCAGCGAAAGAAUGUUCUCCUUAACUCUUGUCCUGGGGCUGGGGCAUGUGGCGGAAUGUAUACAGCUAAUACUAUGGCUUCUGCCAUUGAAGCUAUGGGAAUGUCUCUUCCUUACAGCUCAUCUACACCUGCUGAAGAUCCAUUGAAGUUGGAUGAGUGCCGAUUAGCUGGGAAGUAUCUCUUGGAAUUACUAAAAAUGGAUUUGAAACCUCGAGAUAUUAUUACUCCAAAGUCACUACACAAUGCAAUGGUUAUUGUCAUGGCACUAGGGGGUUCUACCAAUGCUGUUUUACACUUGAUUGCUAUUGCGAGGUCUGUUGGUCUGGAAUUAAGUCUAGAUGAUUUUCAGAAGGUUAGCGAUAAGGUUCCAUUUCUUGCUGAUCUUAAGCCUAGUGGCAAGUAUGUCAUGGAGGAUGUACACAAGAUUGGAGGAACACCAGCAAUCAUUCGGUACCUUUUGGAGCAUCAAUUUUUACAUGGGGAUUGUAUGACUGUCACCGGGAGGACACUUGCUGAGAAUGCUGAAAGUUUCCUUCCUUUAUCUAAAGGGCAGGAUAUAAUAAGGCCCUUGGAAAACCCUAUCAAGAAAACAGGCCACCUUCAGAUAUUAUAUGGAAAUCUUGCACCAAAGGGUUCUGUAGCAAAAAUUACAGGCAAAGAGGGGCUAUAUUUCUCUGGCCCUGCACUUGUCUUUGAAGGAGAGGAGUCAAUGAUUGCUGCUAUCUCAGAGAAUCCUAUGAGUUUUAAGGGGAAAGUAGUUGUUAUUAGAGGCGAGGGGCCAAAGGGAGGACCAGGCAUGCCUGAAAUGUUAACACCAACAAGUGCAAUAAUGGGUGCAGGACUAGGGAAGGAGGUUGCUUUAUUGACGGAUGGUAGGUUUUCAGGGGGUUCGCAUGGAUUUGUUGUUGGCCACAUAUGCCCUGAAGCACAGGAAGGUGGUCCUAUUGGAUUAAUUGAGAAUGAGGACAUCAUCAACGUUGAUGUCGAAAACAAGAGAAUAGAUGUCCAGUUAACAGAUCAAGAGAUGGAAAAACGAAGAAAGAACUGGAUUCCACCUGCAUACAAGGCUAACCGUGGAAUUUUGUACAAGUACAUCAAGAAUGUGCAGUCAGCUUCAAAGGGUUGCGUGACCGAUGAGUAAUGGUGGUGAGGAGAGGACAUUACAUAGAUGGCAUACUAUAGAGUGUGAUAGCAAUUGCUGAAAUUAGUAAAUUGUCAUGAGGAGAGAUGUUGGGUUGGGUCUAAUUGCGUCUCUUGUAGGAUAAUAUCCAUUUGGCUCUGUAGCGUGUUUCUUAUGCUGUAUGUUGGUAUUUUUAAAUUUGGUUGCUCCUAGGUUUGUUUGUGAAUUGUCAAAUCCCAAGUCUGCUUUUAUCUCCUUUCCUUUUUCUAGAGGAAUUUCUCCUUUGGAAACUUCACUCAUCGUCCAACCAAAAGAAGACUAGUAGCACGCGCACACGCAAACACACAAACGACCAAGCACUCUUUCAAGAGGUAACACCAAACACUUAUGGUCGUGUGUAAUUUAACCUUAAUUUCAUGCAUUAUUUAUACUUUAUAGAUAUUAAUUUGAUAUA